CAAAACGAAACGUUCCAACAGUGUCUCUCUACAAUCAACCGUCUGUCUGAGCUGGUUGGUAGAGAUAGCGAAAUGACCUUGCCCCAUUGAAUCUGUUUACGCAGUAUCUUCAUAGCGAUAUUGAAAUCAUUACAAUAGUCUGUCUUGUUAAAUUUGUGGUAAGUUGACAUAAAAAUAAUAUAAAUAUAUAUUUGGUUGUCUGCAAACAUAAAAUGUAAAAUUUUAAUAUAUUAUGCGUUGUUGUUUUUUUUUCUUAAAUUUAAAUGGCUAUUUUUUUAUUAAUAACCAAUGCAUUGUUCAUUUUGUUAAACAAAAAUAAAAUAAUUCAGUGAAAACCCAGUCGGGCCUAAAAAAAAAAAUAGGUGACAUUGAAAUGGAGGGUUUACAAAAACUUUUUGGACAUGAAAUACUUUACAAUCAGAACUAUUUAAUUUCAUACAAUGUCUCUUCUAAUCAAGAAAAAUGAAAAAAAAAAAGUCAAUUGUGUCUAAUCUAAGGGAAACGUUGAAAUAAUUUGUAGAAACGACAACAAGCACAAAUUCAGAGGAAAUAAACAAAACAGUUGCUUUGUCUCCUGUCUAUCGUCCACUGUUGAUGUGAGAGUUGCUACUAAAAUUUGAUGAUGAUAAACUUUGAAUAGAUAAGUACAUACAUGAACUUGGUGUUGUUUUAUGUAGUGAUAAAAUUAGUAGACGUAUAAAACUUAUCAAUUUUUACAAAGCUGUUUUUAAAUGAAUAAUUUGAUGCAACUGUUUUUUAAUGUCAUGUUUAUUUUCUUUAUUUUGUUCUCUUUUUUUUUUUUUCCUUUUUCUAAUUUUUACUUGAAGUGCGGUGAGCCUAGCCCUAGUCUGUGGUACCUCGCUGUAUAAGACCACUUUAAUAAUUUAUAUACAUGUAUAUAACUUGUAUCAACAUCAGAAUUGCACCGAAUAAAAGGCCAAGGCAUUGCUAUCAAGUUUUUCAAAGUGACAUACAAUCAUUCACAAUCCACGUGAAAUCCGGGACUUAUAUAAUAUAUGGAAAAGAAUUUAUUGAUGAUUGUUUUUUGUGUUUUUUUUGGUGAGGUAAGUGUUGUUUGUUAUUUAAACAAAAUAAUUUUCUACCAAUGGUAGACCCACAACUGAGGGUCUGAGGAUCGUUGCUGGUGCACCCCUUUUAAGAGAAAUGGCUUUUACUUUGAUUUAAAAAGAGGUGACGUCCUUGUUUUGGGAAACUUUUCCCGUGAUAAUUUACAAUGAAUUUCUCUUGUCUGCACAGACAAUGGGACAGUACACGUGCAGACUCGUGACGAGCUGCGUCAUGUUUUGUAUGGCGUUCUCAGCUCUCUUUGUCGGGGUGGCCUUGGAAGCUUGGGGAACAGCGAGCAGUUCUGGUACCAGUGCCGCAAUUUCCUUGUAUGGUUACCUCGGAUCUUUGAGUUAUAAUUCCAAGGCAUUAAGUAAGUCGACGUAAGAAUUUAGUGAUUUUGUUAAACAUACCCUGAAACAUAAUGUUUCGUAUAAAUCCUUAAUAAAAUGUAAUAUCAAACUAUUGGGGGUGUGUGCGGCUAAACAAUUUGAAAGAAUGUGUUUUCAUCGGCUACGAGUUUAUGUGUCAAGUUUCAGCUCGAUAGAAGUACGCGAAGUGUGUCAUUUAGCCUUUCGAAGAUUUUGCCGCAAACACACGAAGUAAAUAGAAAAGAUUUCAAAAUAGCACAUAAUCAACUGGAAAAUGGCAACGAAUCAUGAAGGAAACAAAUUUUAAGAAAACUAAUUUUUUAUCACCAAUUAAAUUGUAGAAUUUGGACAUUUUGACAAUAAUUUUACAAAUGUGACUAGUUUAAAUAUUAUAAAGCCAUACCUGAUUCAGAGCAUUUCUUCUAAUUUCUCCUAAUCAGGCAGAAUAUAAAUACAGAAAAAUACAAAGAUUAAGCUAACUCAUCGAGGUAAUUUAAAAAAUAAAUUAUAAAUGAAGAGUAUAUUUUUAAUAACGCAGUGAAAUUUAAUUAAUAUAAUUAAAAGUAAAAACUAAAAGUAGACUCCUUGCCGACGACAAAACAUUUUGUCAAAUUUUUAGCUCCUCCCCCCCCUCCCACUAACCCCCCCCCCCCAAUUAUUUUCUUCCUAUUUUUCAAAGGGUUGUGGGGGGGGGGGGGGGGGAAUUAAUGCCUUUUUAACGGUUGUGUUUUUUGGAAAAUUUAAUUAAUAAAAAUAAAAAUAAAAACAAAAAGUAGACCCCUUGCCGACGACAAAACAUUUUGUCAAAUUUUUAGCCCCUCCCCCCCCCCCCCCCAACCCCCCCCCCCCAAUUAUUUUCUUCCUAUUUUUCAAAGGGUUGUGGGGGGGGGGAGGGGGGAAUUAAUGCAUUUUUAACGGUUGUGUUUUAUGGCAUGAACGUUACUUGUGUACCUGAUGCUUGGUGUUUGUGGCGGUCUGGGCAUGCAGUCAAAAUAAAAUGCAUUUUUGAAGGGGAAAGUGGAGGAAAUAGGAAACGUGUUUUCGCCAGAGGUUUACCCAUUUACAUAAUCACUUCAUAAUCAAUGCUAAAUCCCGUGCAAUCAUAGCAAUGCAAAAGGAGAUGCAGAUACGGGAUUUUUGCGGACAGCUUUGUCUUUAAGGGGACUGUUUUUAUUUUAAACCCUUUACAUGAACUUGUCUUUUUGUUUAUGUGCUUGUGACAAAGUCUUCGGAAGUCUAAAUGACCCUCUCCCGACCAUUCUAUCGAGCUGACAAGUGACUCAUAGACUUGUUGCCGAUGACAACACAUUAUGUAAAAUUUUCAGCCACGCCCUCAACCCUCCAGCCCCCCCCCCCCCGAAAAUAAGUAUUUUAUUUAUUUGAGCGGAAAUUAAAUAAAUAUAUUGCAAUAAUUUCUUAAGAAAUGUAGCCGUCUCUAAGUGGCACAAAAAAUGCACCUACGGGAUUUCUACGAAAAUAGUUGUCUGGUUAGGGUUUGUUUAAUUUAAGGAUUUAUUUCAUUUGAUUGACGAGAUACAAAUCAUUAAUUGAGUGUUCCUCUUUUAAAUAAAAAAGAAAAAAAAAAUUUUUUUCAUACAUUAAUUUUGAAAUAUAUCACGUGAUUAAAAAACAAUCCAAAACAAAGCUUCUCAUCAUAUUUUUGUUUUAACUUUCUUCUCCCUGGGGCGUUUAGGUUUUAAAUCCGCCAUGCUCGGCACCCUGAUCACUGCACUCGCCCUCAGCGGUCUCUGCUGUCUGCUUUCCUUCAUAAUGAUGUGUGCUGACCUUUGUUGCAAGGUCACCCAAUGCAUGACCGUCAUACCGAAGAUAACCAUGGCAGCGGCCUUACUUGCAGGUAAGUUAAGAUAAUUUUAUAAUUUAAAAAUAAAUAUAUUUACUCAAAUCCUAAAUAAACUACCACAAGUCCUCGUUUUGUUUUGGAAUGUUUGUUAUUAGCAUUGACCGCAUCAUCAAAACACCAGCAGAGUUAUAUAUUAAAACGUAAAUUUGCAAGCAAGCCAAUUUCAUUUAGCUCUAAACUUUAAUGUAAGCUAAAAUGUAAUUUGUAUCUAAAAUGGUGGUGUCUUUUUGUUAAAGUUUUCAUAAAGGAACUAAGUUAAACAACCUUUAAACCCAACUCUCUCACGUCCAGGUAUCUUAGCUGAAUGUACAUGCGCCCUGUUUCUGAUUGAUGUCUACGCUGUAGAUAAAGACCUAUUCAAAAUCUACAACAACAACAGGUACUACUACGCUUCCUACAACUACUACGACUACGUCAACUUUGCUGUUCUGCCAGGCUACUGUUUCUAUACAGUGGCCGUCGCGGGUAUCUGGCUCAUGAUAGCGGGUUGCACCAAUUUCGGCGCCAGACACGCGACGCGGGUUGGCGCGGACGACCAGACGGAGCUCGUCAGGAGUGUGGUUGGGGGUCAGGGUCAACCGGCAGCCAAUGCGGUAAAUCCUUAUCCCAACCCUAUGAUGACGGGUGGCUACUUCCCUCCCCCUACCGCCGCGGGGUUCCAGGUCCAAGGUUACCCCUCCACCUCCAUGGGGUAUUUCCCACCACCGACCGCUUUACCCGGAGCACGUCUUGUACUGACCAACACCUCAACGCAGACGUCACUAGUGGACAUCAAGAAAGUUGCUCAAACUGAAGAAGCCGCUAGUGCUGGAAGCACUUAAAGAAAACAAAUUAUGAUGAAAAACUGUUGACAUUUUCUUUCUUUCUCUUAUGUAUCUCCCCAGGCAAAUUGUAUACGAGCAGUAUUUUGUAAGAAAAAUACUUUUAAGCCUAUAUUGGUCUUUUUAUAUAGUUUUCACAAUGGUUAAUACCUAUUAAUCCGUCCGAAUGAUGUAUUCGUAUUUAUAUUAAAAUUGUACUCAAAAUGUGACAUUGAUAUUUUUAAUGAACUUUUUCUUUUUUUUUUUAAACAGAUCACGUAAACUUUCAUCUUGUGUCAUAAUUUUGCAACUCUAUGUAAAAUUGUUCUUUGGUUGAAAAUUCUCAGUGUAGGUAUAUAAUUUCUGUACGGAAUUUAGUAUAAACGUUAUUUUGGUGAAAUUUUGUAAAAAUCCUAUUUAUAUUCAGGUUGGUGACUUAACUGUAGUGUAUUAUUGGAUAAUCCCUUAUUGUAGAGAGAUUUUAAUUAUUUCUGAUGAUAUAAAUUUAACACUUCCUGUUUACCUGAUCGAACUACAUCAAACACUUAAGUGAUUACUGUAGCAUGCAAUUAUUUUUCAAUCAGUUUAUCGUGGUUUGAAAAGGAUUUUUAAUAUAUAAGCAUGUAUUUUAAGAAUUAGUCCAUGGUUAAUUUUAUUUAUAGUCUAUUUAGCUGAAUUAUUGUACAGAUGUUCCUGCGAAAUAAUCCUAAAUCAUUUU